GGAGGAUAGAAAUGCGCUCCAUUUUUUAAAAUCAAUCACCCGCUUGACUACAGCAACAGCGCGCAGCGCCGGAUGCCUUCAGUUCACAGCUAUUGCAGUGCCCCCCUCGUCGUGUUGACUCCUACUUUCUUUGCUAAAGGGAGAACCUGUUGUACAGACCGUUUUCAAAUUGGCGAGUUCGUAGUUUCAACAUCAUCAUGAGGGCAGCGUUAGUGUUCCUGGUGUACUUUGGUGUGAUGUGCUUCUUGCACACAACACAGGGUGAGGAUGGAGUGAUAAGAAUACCCUUAAAGCGCCUGCAGCGCCCUCUGACGUCAGUCACAAGACGUUUCCGCAACUUUCUAAGGGAUCCUGAACCACUGAGAAAUGACAACGAAUUUUUAUAUUACGGUCCGAUUAGCAUCGGUACGCCUCAACCGUUUCUUGUCACUUUCGACACGGGCUCGUCCAACCUGUGGGUGCCUUCUGUGUUGUGUCCUGACACGGCACCUGGAUGUCCACAUCAUCACAAGUACAAUCACUCCAUGUCCUCCACCUAUCGACCAAACGGUACUGUAAUCCAUCUCCUAUAUGGAACAGGAAACGUAACUGCCUUCUUAAGUACGGAUGUAGUUCGGGUGGAUGAACUUAACGUGGUUGGUACAACGUUCGGGGAGGCAACCUACAUGAGCAAAGAUUUUGCUUACCCGGAAGUACCAAUAGAUGGUCUGUUUGGUAUGGCCUAUCCUGGCUUGGCUGUAGGCGGAGUCACACCGGUGUUCAAUAAGAUGAUUGAAGAGGGACUCGUUUCAAAGCCAAUCUUUUCGUUUUUCCUGAGCGUGAACGAUAACGGUACCAGAGGUGGAGAGCUUGUUCUCGGUGGAUCAGACCCCAGUCAUUAUACGGGUGAAUUCACCUACGUACCUGUAAGCCAGAAAAUGUACUGGCAAUUCGGUGUAGACGGCAUUGACAUCAAAGGGGCUCCUGUUACCUGCGAAUCGGGUUGUCAGGCUAUCGCAGACACCGGUACUUCACUGAUCGUUGGACCGUCUAAGAUGAUCAAGGAAAUCAAUGACCAAUUGGGUGCAGUAUACAACCCACAGCAGCAGCUGUACUUCAUCAAUUGCAACGAAAUUAGUAGUCUACCAAACGUCGUGUUCAUGAUUGCCAACAAGCCGUUUCCCAUCUCUCCGAAAGAAUACGUAGUGAUGAAUCCUGGCAACGUCUGUUUCACAGCCUUCGCACCCGACGAAUUCUCACCUCUGUUCAUAAUGGGCGAUCCCUUCCUAAGGGUGUACUAUGCAGAAUUUGACUUUGGAAACAACCGACUUGGCUUUGCGACUGCCGUCCAGAAGCAGAAGUUGUGAGAAGAGAAACUAGAUAUCGUGGAGUCUUAGGAAAAAUAUCUUUUAUUUAUCGUUUUGACGAUAUAAGGGAAAACUACACAAUAACUUUAACAUUUUUCAAAAACCAUAAUGUUCUACAAUAAAUUAGUAAUUCCUACAGUAUUUUAAAGUUAGAAACCUUUUUUUUUUUCCUUUUUAUUUGUGAAGAACUCAAAACUUUAAUUUUCAGCAGAAAUUGAUUGAAACUAAGUUCCCACUUUUUAAAGUUUAAAUUAUAUAGUUUUAAAGAGCUCAGAUUUAGUCGAUUCAUUGAAAUGUGGUUUUAUAUGAAUAACAAAUGGACAUGCAAAGAACAUCGCAAGCCUCGAUGCCUUUGUGCAAUGAAUCCAAGGGGGAAGAGCUGCAAGCGUUGUUAUUAGUACUGAUGAAGAAACUUCCAACGUACUUUAACAACAUGCACAUUGAUGGCUGUUACCUGUUAUUCAAUUCUGGUCAACAACGCACGCAUGCGGGCGCACUUCAGACCGACGGUUACUGAAUGACAGGUAACUACCAUCGAUAAUUACAGGAUAACUAGGCCUCCAAAGGUGCGGAAUUCAAUGGUUUCUUUGGCUAAUAAGCAGUCAUACUUAUGUAUUGGGUGAUUAUCAAGUGACAAAAAUAAUUCCAAUCUUGAUUUCCUCAUACACUUUAUGGAGUUUUGUGGCUGAACCGUGGAAUACGGAGGUCGUCCAGGAUUUCAGCCACAUUUAUGGGGCUAGUCAGUACCAAGUGCACUGUUUCCACUUAGUGAUAUCCCUCCCUGGCCAAUCAUCAACAUUGCUCGUUACGCCACUAAGUUAACCUCAAACUUUGUAUAACCAAGUCUAAAACUGUCUUCCCAUUGCGUUUUCUGCCUCUUUGUGUUGGAAUUGUAGCUUUGUUUAUAGUAUUCACACAAUAAAUAGUGUCGUGCUUCCAAGCUCUCCACCUGUGCAACAAACAGUCGUUUAAAUGGACAGUUUCAUCCGGAAAUUGUAAACUUUAUUGUUUCAUAUUGUUUACUUCUAAUAAUUCGAAAGUCAAUGUCAAGAAAAUCCACAUUUAGUCUUACAUUUACGGAUCAACUGUUUCACAUUUGAAGCGACAGAGAUGUGUGCUUCCGCAAUGAUACCUUAUAACCCGAGGGCUGAAAUUCAACCGACAUCGUCUCCUGGCAUUAAUUCCUGUUAUAAUAUUUGGUUUUAUAUAUGGAUCAAGUGAAAAUAAAUUGAUUGAACUUUUCCAGUAGAUUUAUGUGGAAUCUCAA